UUUGGGGCCUCCUAUACCAGUGCGCUCCCCGCCUGCCAUGCUCAGCCCCUGUAUAGCGCACGAUCUGAGUGGGUGAUAAAGCCGGCUACAAGACAGGCGGACGCCGAACCCGGGAAGCCCGAGGGCGUAGCCCCAGCACAGCCUCCCUCACACGGAACCCGGAUGUGAUCUUGUUCUCACGGAGGCCCGGCCUCUUCCGCCCCAACUGUGGCCCCCGCGGUCCCGCCCCGUCCCGCCCCGUGAUUGGUCGGCCGGCCUCAAGUUAAAAAAAAUCUUUUUUGUGGCUGCGACGGAGUCUUCGGCGAAAGGCGUACACGUCGCAGCCAAUGAGGUGAUAGAAACGCAAAGCAACGACCAAUGACUAGCUGCGAUGGGAUGGGUCGGCCGACAAAUCACAAGGCCUCGUACCCGGAUCUGUUUGCUGGGCUGGGAAAUCUAGCUCUGAGAAAGUGUGAGGGCUCUUCACGUGGGGCAGGGACAGCAGGCGCGGAGGAGAGGGCGAGAGUCUGUGAGAUUUAGUGGCCCGCGCGUGCGUUUGUCGUGUAAGGGUCAUCUGUGGGGUUUGGAGUAGGGGAACAAAUCAAUGUGACUCUUUUUCCGUGGAAACAAUUCCCACUGCAGUAUCCCGGAGCCUGCGUGUGGUGGGCAAGCUCCUCAGAUGGUACCUCACAGGGAAUAGGGGAGUCUUGAAGACGCAGCUCCGGUAGUAGGAACAUGAACCUGUUACCUAAAAGUUCCAAGGAGUUUGGCUCCGUUGACUAUUGGGAGAAGUUCUUCCAGCAGCGAGGAAAGAAAGCUUUCGAGUGGUAUGGAACCUACCUGGAACUGUGCGGGGUGCUACACAAAUAUAUCAAGCCCAGAGAAAAGGUGCUGGUGAUUGGGUGUGGCAACUCAGAACUGAGUGAGCAACUGUAUGAUGUGGGCUAUCAAGAUAUAGUGAACAUCGACAUCAGCGAGGUUGUAAUCAAGCAAAUGAAGGAAUGCAAUGCCACCCGACGGCCCCAGAUGAGAUUCUUGAAGAUGGACAUGACGCAGAUGGAGUUUCCUGAUGCGUCGUUCCAGGUGGUGUUGGACAAGGGCACCCUGGAUGCUGUUCUGACAGAUGAGGAAGAGAAGACCCUGCAACAGGUGGACAGGAUGCUGGCCGAGGUUGGCCGUGUCCUGCAGGUGGGCGGUCGCUACCUCUGCAUCUCCCUGGCUCAGGCUCACAUCCUGAAGAAAGCAGUGGGUCACUUCUCCCGGGAGGGGUGGAUGGUGAGGGUGCACCAAGUGGCCAACAGCCAGGACCAGGUGUUGGAAGCAGAGUCUCAGUUCUCCUUGCCUGUCUUUGCCUUCAUCAUGACCAAGUUCAGGCCAGUCCCUGGCUCUGCCCUUCAGAUCUUUGAGCUGUGUGCUCAGGAGCAGGGCAAGCCUGUGCGGCUGGAGAGUGCCGAGCAGCUGGCUGAAGCGGUGCGGGAGCGGCAGCAGUAUGCCUGGCUGUGCAGCCAGCUGCGCCGCAAGGCCAGGCUGGGGAGUGUGUCUCUGGACUUGUGCGAUGGGGACACGGGGGAGCCACGCUACACCCUCCACGUGGUGGACAGCCCCACUGUGAAACCAUCGCGGGACAAUCGUUUUGCGAUUUUCAUCAUCCCCCAGGGCCGGGAGACUGAGUGGCUCUUUGGCAUGGAUGAGGGCCGGAAACAGCUGGCUGCCAGUGCUGGCUUCAGGAGGCUGAUUACAGUGGCCCUUCACCGAGGUCAGCAGUAUGAAAGCAUGGACCACAUCCAAGCCGAGCUGUCGGCUAGAGUCAUGGAGUUAGCACCAGCUGGGAUGCCUGCCCAGCAGCAGGUGCCCUUUCUGUCUGUAGGGGGGGACAUUGGGGUCCGGACCAUUCAGCACCAAGACUGCAGCCCCUUGAGCGGUGACUAUGUCAUCGAGGACGUGCAAGGGGAUGACAAGCGAUUCUUCCGGCGACUGAUAUUCCUCAGCAACAGGAAUGUGGUGCAGUCAGAAGCCAGGUUGCUAAAGGAUGUGUCUCACAGAGCCCAGAAGAAGAGGAAAAAGGACAGGAAAAAGCAGCGGCCUGCUGAAGCAGAGGACCUCCCUGCAGCCCCAGAGCAGUCCAUUGACAAGAGUUACCUAUGUUGUGAACACCACAAAGCCAUGAUUGCCGGCCUUGCCCUGCUGAGAAACACAGAGCAACUCCCAGAGAUCCCACUGGCAUUGUUGGUGGUAGGCCUGGGUGGGGGCAGCCUCCCCCUCUUUGUCCACGAUCAUUUCCCAAAGUCCUGCAUUGAUGCUGUAGAAAUCGACCCCUCGAUGUUGGAAGUGGCCACCCAGUGGUUUGGCUUCUCCCGGAGUGACCGAAUGAAGGUCCACAUUGCAGAUGGCCUGGACUAUAUUGCCAGCCUGGCAGAAGGAGAAGAAGCACAGCCUCGCUAUGAUGUCAUAAUGUUUGAUGUUGACAGUAAGGACCCAACACUGGGAAUGAGUUGUCCACCCCCAGCAUUUGUGGAGCAAUCUUUUCUACAGAAAGUUAAAAGCAUCUUGAUUCCUGAAGAAACCAGCAAGAUGACAGAAGUGGAGCAGAAAAAGCAGUGAAGCAGAAUAAGCGGACCUUCUGCAAGUUCAUCUCUUGUGGUGUGCACCCCAAUCCGCUGCUGGACGUGUCAUGCAAGCAGCGAAUGAAGCUGCACCGUGGCCUGUGGUGGAAGCAGUACUUGCUGCUGAAGCACCUGCGCAAGGCCAAGAAAGGGGCACCGCCUAUGCAGAAGCCAGAGGUGGUGAACAUGCACCUGCAGGACAUGAUUAUCCUGCCCAAGAUGGGGGACGAGAUGGUGGGUACAUGGUGGGCGCCUUCAACAGUAAGGCCUUCAACCAAGUGGAGGGCAAGCCGGAGAGGAGUGGCCACUAUCUCGAUCACCUACAAGCUUGUGAAGCACUGCCUCACAAGCAGUGCUUGAUCAGAGUCCCCCAUUCUUCCCACUUCAUCACCCUCAAGGAGUCUGCUUAGUCAAUAAAAGCAUGCACAUUUCAUAAAUAAAUAAAUGUCUUUUCUCAUGAAAAUUUGAAUGAUUGCAAUAUUUUGUGGAGCUGAGGGUUUGAAUUAGUCAGAUUCAUUCUAUUUAUGAAACCAAGAAACUUGGUUUCUGUCUACAAACCAAGAGUGGCAAAACAAGAUUGGUUCUUUAAUGAAAGCACGAAACAAACACCUAAUCAAUAUAGUGAUACAUUUUAUUUAUUUAGGCAAGAUGGAACAAUACUCUGCAGGGCCCCUUCAGCACAUCAGCAGGUCCUAUAGACCAUCUUCUCUGUUUGUUCUCAUAAAAGCUGAAAAUGGUUAUUUCAGGGUUGUAGAGUAAAUCUCAGCCAAACCCAGUACUAUGCCUACAAGAUGGUACAGUACUCUGCAGAGCCCCUUCAGCAGGUCAGCAAGUCCUAUAGCCCAUCUGGGUUCUGUUGAGAUUUAAUCUAUGGCUCUGGAAAAAGCUGGAAAUAAUGAUUUCCAGCUUUUAUUCUUGAAAAUAAGGCUUGGAUCUCUCUACCAGUCUUCUGAGGAUGCUAAUAGACUACCCAGGAAGGAAGAAGGAAAUUGUGAGGGUAUUUAAAGAAAGUUGUUAGGGAAAAUGAAAUUGCUGUUAUUUUGGUCAAGGAAGGUUACAAUACAUUUAAUACUUACUACAAAGACUUGCAUACAGAUUCAACUCAUAAGGACUUUAUUAAAUGAUUCUUUUAUUCAAUAAAUAUUUAUUGGAGUGCCUGUUAUGUAUCAGGCAUUUUUCUAUUGCACUAGGAAUACUGUAAUGAAUAAAAGUA